AACGUUGUUUUUAAUCGAGCCAGCCAAUCGGAUGUGGAAGAAGAUUCCCGAGGGUUGCGCAAGUCCUGUUUCACUGUGUUUUCGCUGGAGGGCCCACGAGACGUCGCAGCUGGAGGAGCAGCUGCAGGGCUGGGGUGAGGUCAUCCUGGCCAGUGACCAGGUUCUGCGCUGGGAGAAGCCCUGGUUCCCUGGUGCCCUCGUGGCUGUCACCACUGUGCUCUUCUUGCUGGUCUACUUCCUGGACCCAUCUGUGCUAACUGGAGUGUCCUGUGCUGUGAUGAUUUUGUGCCUGGCUGAUUACCUGGUGCCCACCCUGGCCCCCAGAGUCUUUGGCUCCAACAAAUGGACCACCGAGCAGCAGCAGCGCUUUCAUGAGAUCUGCAGGAACCUGGUGAUGAGCCGACACAGUGUGCAGGGCUGGUGGAAACGCCUUCUGGGCCUGAAGGACGAGAAACCCAAAGUGUACUUCAUGUCUGUGAUCAGCACUCUUGUGAUGGUGGCGUGGCUUGGCCAGCAAGUACACAACCUGUUCCUGACCUACCUUGUCGUGACUUUCCUCCUGCUCCUGCCCGGCCUCAACCGGCACGGCAUCAUCUCCAAGUACAUGGGCAUGGCCCGGCGCGAGAUCAACAAGCUGCUCAAGCAGAAGGAGAAGAAGAACGAGUGAAAGGGAGCAGAGGGGAUGGCAAGACGAGUGGAAAACACAUGCACACACAAACGCACACAUACACACACACACACACAGUCCAUCUCAGUUUUAAUCCAGCUCACAAGCACAGUUGAAAUGCCACCCUUUUAACCCCCCCCCCCCCUUUCGCUGCAGUGACGUGUCUGUCCAUGAACCCUCCAGUCACAAAGGGCUCAAUGCCUUUGCCCGGCUCCUGCGGUUGACAUUUUGCUGCCAUGGUCACCGAGCGGUCGGUCACCGUGUACCCCUCUGAGCAAACGUUACCUUCAGUGUGAAUCUCCCGUUUUUAUAUGUUAAUGCCGUGAAUUGAAAGUCCUUUUUAUAUUCAAGCUCACCCCUCUUUCCCCUCCAUAUUUUUAAUGUGCACUGAAACCAUGGAAUCUCUUUGUUUCAUUAGAUGAACAACCUGCAGGUCCUCAGCAGGCUGGAGUGUAAGUUAUAAGAAUCUACUGCUGUAUCUGUUCUCACCUGCUGACAGUCUGGAUUCAGCCCUCUUCUGGGUGAUUUCUGUAAAUAAGCCUGUCCUCUUCCUUGGUUAUACUAAGCAACAGAGUGUUCCCAUCUUAUGUGUAUUCUUGGCUGUGUCAUAAAUUAAAAUUUGAUUUGAAAGGAA